CAUCCAGGUGGAGAAGAGGUUUUGCUCGAACAAGCUGGUAGAGAUGCCACAGAGAGCUUCGAAGAUGUUGGGCAUUCCACAGAUGCCAGGGAAAUGCUUAAGCAGUACUACAUAGGGGAGAUCCACCCGCAUGAUCGUAAAGAAGAAGGUUCUAAGAAUCCAAGUAGGACAUCCUCAGGCCAAGCAAGUUUCUGGUCAACAUGGCUAAUCCCCAUCGUCGGAGCACUGGUCAUAGGUCUAAUGUAUCGCUAUUACAUGUUGGAUGGGAGAACCUCUUGA